GUUCAAAUUUCGCUCUCUCAAUCGCAAGUUGCAGUCAGACAAUGUUGGGGACAGACUCAACCAUAGUGGCUUUCGUGUCUUGGCCGACAGCACCAUUCACAGGGUCACUGGUCCUCAGGGCGAUUCAGAAGCUGUCACCGCCUCCCAAGGUUAUUUCAUCGUUGCCUCAAAUCGGCCCUCAAACCAAGUUGCUGCAAUGGUCUACCUACGAUGAUAUGGAUCACGAGCUUACCCAUCUCCGUCGUCCCUCUGUUCUGGCAUCUAGCUAUGUCAUCCGCAAGGCUCUCAUACGAAAACACUUUCUGUCGAGGACCAUUCAUGCAUACCUCACGAAACAUCCUGAUUCGAUACUCAAGGAAGCGUCACCUCGGACCUAUGAGAUAGAGAUAUCUUACGCGGACGAACUCGACGAGAUCUUUGCUGACGAGCUAUACGACCUCGAGCAAGAUCUAGAGCAAGGCCGCUGGUGGAUUCUGAAGCCUGGAAUGGCCGACCGAGGGAAUGGGAUCAGGCUGUUCAACAGUAGGGAAGCCUUGACAAAGAUCUUCGAGGAUUUCGAAGACGACUCCGAGGAUGAAGAUGAGGAAAAGGAUGUAGGCACCGGUGUCGUGACAUCGCAGCUUCGCCAUUUCGUAGUACAGGAAUAUAUCGACCGUCCACUACUCCUCGAUCCGCGCGAACGACCCAUCAAUACAUCGCCCAUCCCAGAUAAACUCGAAGGACAUAAAUUCCACCUCCGCGCCUAUUGCGUCGCAUCCGGUGCCCUCACCCUCUAUCUCUACGACCGCAUCCUGGCCCUCUUCUCCUCCGUCCCCUACGCCCCACCUGAAUCCAGCCCUGACGACGCCGACAUCGACCUCGCCCCGCACCUCACCAACACAUCGCUGCAAACGCAUAGAGGCGAAGAAGGCGUACGCCUUCUCGAUGAGCUAGUGGGCUGCACCAUCUUCGACUCGGGUGAUGGCUCAGCAUCAAUCGAGGCAACGUUCACCAAAGAGCACAUCGCCGACAUCGUCUCGCAGAUGACACAGACCCUGAGCGAGACAUUCAAAGCUGCGAUGGCAAAUCCAGUGCAUUUCCAGCCCAUACCCAACGCAUUCGAGCUCUUCGGUGUGGACUUCCUCGUGCAGCACAAUCCUACUUCGGAUCCAGUGUCGGGAACCCAGCCAUUCCUUGUCAAGGUCCUCGAAAUCAACGCCGAGCCUGCCAUCGAGCUCACCGGCCCGCGGUUGGCGUGGAUCUUGGAGGAUCUGUUCGUGGCGAUUGGGAAGCAAUGCGUGCAGCCUUUCUUGGAUAGUUGGCGAGAGGGCGGGGAUGGCGAGGCCAAAAACAUACAAAAGGAGGGUACCACGGAGGAGGAGAAUUCUAGCAAGGCCGACGAGACGAGCCAUUUGAUUACAUGUUUACAAGAAAUUCGGGGAGCAUAGGUUGGUAUAUACAGAGGGUGUGGUAUAAUCAGGAUUGCAACCAAGAGAGGUGUACGCACUACAGACAGAGCCUUACGUUGAAGGAAAACAUUUGAGGGUACAAACAAUCAAAAAGAUCUCAUGAAACCAAGAUUCGCCUCAACCCGUCCUCUCCUCACCUAAUCCCCGAACCUUGCCCUCAACACCUCCCGCAUCCCCUGGAACCGCAU